UGCGUUACCAACUUGUAACUAAUUGUUACCGAUCUCAAAAAAUGUGUUUUGGAUAGGAACAUAUCGGGAGGGCCUGUAUGUUCGUGGCUUUCAUCUGUGGUGUAUAUCAAUGGCCGUAGGCCAAUAACAAAAUAAAAGAAGCCAUAGCGAGAAGAAACGAAACUUUCAGAUUCUAAAUGGCUGCACCAAAUUUGACACGGUUAACGAGAAAUGUGAAGAAGCUGGAGAAACCUCGUCCUCUGAAGAUUUUAGGGAACUCUAAUCGCCUUUCCACCAUUGAUGGCAGACUAAAUUCUGUUGAGGACAUUAUGGCCCUAGCUGACAGUGUCUCAAUGCACUUAGCAAAUGCCAAUUUUGAUCAAAUGCUGCGUGUAAACAUCAUAUCAAUAUGUAACAGCCUGAAGCUGUUUGGACAACAGCUGGAAACAAUUUAUAAAGAUCAGCUGGAUAGGAUAUUUGUAGCAUUUCGUAAUGGGUGCAGAGAUGAACGUCUGGAUUACCUGUCUAGAGUCCAUUUGUUGGAAGCCAUUGAACUGCGAGCUUCCAACUGGCAGGGAUGUGACAAUCUUAUAGCAUACUACAAGGCAAAGACUUCAAUCGAGAAUCAAGACAUGCUGCCAGUACCUGAUACACCAACCCUUCUUUCUAUGGCGUCUCCCUUACUUGGUACUUCGUCCUCCCCGACACAAUCACAAGCAUUGCUCCUGAGCUCUGGUGAGAUUAUAAAAACUUCAGGAAAAUUUGCCAAGCCAACCAAGAUACCAGGCAAGAAUUACUGCAAGGAUGAGGUUGUGAUCCGCAAUUCAGACUCCGGGAAAGUAAAUCCGGGAGCGAAGGAACGCCUGGUACAGAUAACUGGCCCAAGUGAAGAAAAGAUUAACCAUGCCAAACAGCUAAUUGAGGACACAAUCCGACGGAAUGCGUCACCAAUACGCCUAGAGCAGCCUGACAAGGAACGCAUGGGUGGCUCAAGCAGUAGUCUGAAUAGUAGCGCAUCUGAUGAGAGCAAUCGAUUUCCUGGUGUGCGUCGGUCUGCACUUCUUCACAGCUUCUCAACGAACGAUGCAUCUCUAGGAGAAUACAAGUAUACUGUUACAGUAGGCAAUCACUCUAUCAAAAUAACUGGCACCAAUUUGGAUCUUGUUAGGACAGCUAAACUUCUCCUUGAUGAACAUUUCAAUCAAGACCCAGAACAGUCCAUCCAUACUUCAUGCGAGGAUGAACCAAAGACACCAUCUACACCUUUGCCAGAUGCACCUCCUGGUAAAUUUUCAGCUGUCAGUAGGGUUGAUAGUCAAGACAGCAAUGCCACUAGUGAGAGUGAUGAGACAUACAAAGCUCCUCUUGCAUUGGAACCUGCUUCUGCCUUAUCUCCAGGUAUUGAUACCACCUUGGGGAAGCAGUUAGCUGUUGUUAGACAGCCACUGUUCCCAGAUGCAUCAAAGGAAGCUUUUGAACAAGCUGAGGCAUCUGUUACAGCAAUGGAUGUGAAUGCUCGAAAUAGACGUGCAUGUUUCGCUCACACAAACAGUCAACAACAGAAGGAGGACUCAGCUGUAGUCAUGAUUGAAAGUGAAAGUACUGGGAACACUAAGAAGUAUUCCAUGGAUUUUCUCCUGGAAUUGGCACUAUCACCUCUAAGCCGUAAGAAACCGAAGGAUUGGGAACGGCUUGUGUCAUAUGGCAUUGCGAAAAAGAUGCCAGAGCUCUUUGACCCAGUCACCUACAUCCAGAAAUGUCAAGAGUUGGAAGGUUCUAGCAUAGUUUUAAGUGCAACAGAAACCGAGUCUACUGAUUGUGAAUAACAGUUCAUGCGGAUUCAAGACUGUAUGUUUGCUGCUUAGUUCUCAUAAGUUGCUUCAAAUUCAUUAUUUAUUUAAAAUUAAUAAAAAAUUAUUCAUACUGGAUGAUUACUUUGGCAUUUCAUGAAACAAUACAGUAACACAAUAAUGCAUUUGGGUACUCGAUUCUUCUCUUAGAGCUAUGCCAUUUAGAAUUGCUGAUAAUAAUUUGUCUGUUAAUGAAACAGUGUAUGAUACAUUUGAAUUUCCUAUUUAUUUAUUAUAUUAAUUUAUUUCAAUUUCAGAUGUAAUUUCCACCUGUUUACAUUGCUAUAGUGGUAGUAUAACUUCAUUAGUAGUAUACUGUUUAAUUUGUAAAAAGAUAAAUUUAUAAUUUAUUCUGUUAAGAACUGUAAAUACAUAUGCCAAAAUUAUAAUCCAAAGGUUACAUAAG